AUGGCCGCCGCCACGUUCAAAGACUACACCUACGAACACUUCCUCGUCACCACGCCGGCCCCCUUCGUCGUCCACGUCGAGAUCAACCGCCCCAAGAAGCUCAACGCCUUCUCGGAGCCCGUCUGGCGCGAGUUCGGCCCCCUCUUCAACCGCCUCAGCCAUGACCCCGACGUCCGCGCCGUCGUCCUCUCCGGCGCCGGCGACCGCGCCUUCUCGGCGGGUCUCGACGUCCAGUCCGCCAGCGAGGGCACCCUCGGCAGCGCCAUCGGCGGGGACAUGGACCCGUCCCGGUACGCGACCAUGAUGCGCCGUCACAUUGUCGAGUUCCAAGCCGCCAUCGAUGCGGUAGAAAAGUGCGAGAAGCCCGUGAUCUGCGUCCUGCACGGAAUCUCCAUCGGAAUCGCAAUCGACAUCUCAUGCUGCGCCGACGUCCGCAUCUGCGCACGGAACACGCGCUUCUCCGUCAAGGAGGUCGACAUCGGGCUGGCGGCCGACCUCGGCACCCUGAGCCGCCUGCCCAAGCUCGUGGGCAGCACGUCGUGGGUCAAGGACGUCUGCCUGUCGGCCCGGGACUUCUCCGGCGAGGAGGCGCUGGCGGUCGGCUUCGUCAGCCAGGUGCACGCGGACAAGGCCGCCGCGCUCGACGCGGGGCUGAAGCUGGCGGGCUUCAUCGCCGGCAAGAGCCCGGUGGCGGUGCAGGGCACCAAGGAGCUGCUGAACCAUGCGAGGGAUCACUCGGUUGCGGAGAGUUUGCGAUACACCACCGUCUGGAACGCGGCCAUGCUGCAAUCAGGCGACUUCAAGACUGCCAUGAUGUCCGGACUGACCAAGACCAAGCCCACGUUCGCCAAGCUCUAG